AUGUAUGUUGAAUUCCCUUCAAAAAUAGUGGCUCCAUGCCAACGCCUGACAUUUCUGGGAGUUGUCCUAGACACUGUGUCUCUAACUCUAUCACUGCCUGCUCAUAAACUAUCUGUUUUAAAAGAUGUUAUUGCCUUAUUUUUAACACGAAAACGUGCUUCCAAGAAACAGUUGCAACAAUUAGCAGGUCGCCUCAAUUGGGCCUGCAAAGUUGUGUAUGGUGGUCGCACUUUUCUUCGCCGCCUCCUGGAUCUUAUGAACACUCUGCCUACCUCUGCCUCGAAGUGUCGGCUGACACUCGAAUUCCACAGAGAUAUGGUGUGGUGGGAUGAGUUCUUGGACACCUUUAAUGGACAAUGUGAUUUUCAUGACAAACGUCCAGUCACUGCAUUACAAACUGAUGCUUGUUCCUCAGCUGUAGGCGGAUUCUAUCUUGGUGAUUGGUUCUACUCAAACUUGUUGGUAGAUUCACCAUCACUUAGUUGCCUUCACAUCAAUUUUAAGGAAGCAUUAUGUGUUGUUCUCUCAGCUGCUCGCUGGGCUUCUGCUUGGCGCAAUAAGACGGUCCAUGUCUAUUAUGAUAAUACGGCUGCUGUCAGCAUGCUAAACAAGGGCACUACUCGAAACCCUCUUAUGAUGAAGUUUCUACGGCAACUUUUUUGGUUGUCUGCAACUUAUAACUUUCGUCCAAAGGUGUUUCAUGUGCCAGAUGCUCUUGGCAUGGUGCAGGCCUUGUCGAAUGAUGUCAUAUAUUUUCGUCAAGCUAAUUAUGCUGAGAGUACUAAGAAGAACUACCGUACAUAUCUUACUACUUAUAAAAAAUUUUGUUACAUGCUGUCUGUGCCUUUAGUCCCAGCCACUACUAGUUUUUUGUGCUUAUAUGCAGCCUAUCUUGCCAAGUUUCUUCUGCCGCAGUCACUCUGUUUGUAUAUUUCGUUCGUUGAUUUAUUACAUAAGGAAAUGGGGUUUCCUAAUCCGCUUAAUGAAAACUGGAUACUGUCAUCAGUCCUCAAGGGUAUUAGACGAGUGUUGGGAGUCCCUCCUCGACCUCGUCUGCCUAUUACCCCAGAUUUAUUGGUUCAGAUCCGUUCACGCCUUAAUCUUAACUGCAGUUACCAUGCCUCAUUUUGGGCUAUUUGUGUAGUUGCAUUUUUUGGGUUAUUUCGUAAGGUACAUUUGUUGCCAUUUUCAUGUAAUACCUUUAAUCCUGGGCGGCAGUUUACCAAGUCAGACUUCUCCUUUUCAAACUCAACUGUUUACAUAGCCGUUCGCUGGAGCAAGACCAUUCAACUAGGACAGCGUAUUAUUACUGUGCCUUUGUUGGCUGCUCCCAAAUCUAUAUUGUGUCCAGUAACCGCUAAACAACAUGCAUUUUCAUUUACGGCUGGGGCUCCUAAAACCACCCAAGCAUUUUGCUGGUUAGGGGAUUCAACUACCAUACCUAAUGUCUUCACAUAUAAGUCCUUUAUGACUUGUAUGUCUCGGAUCCUCUCAGAAAUCGGCAUUCCUCCUGAGCAAUAUGGUACCCACUCGUUUCGUCGUGGGGGUGCUACCUUUGCUCUGGAGGCUGGAGUGUCAUUGCAUGUUAUAUCCCUUUUGGGUGACUGGAAGUCAGAUUCCAUGUUCUUAUAUCUCCAUAUGCCUUUAUCUCAGCGAAUAUCUGCCCAGCGUGCUAUGGCAUCACACCUACCUCCUAUUCCCUAA